GCGUAAACCUCCAAAAGUUGUUUAACCCGCCGUUAAGGACCUAAGGUAGACGUCGCAUUCAGCAUACAAUGUCCCAGUGGCUAAUCGCUUGCAGUGAUACUCUUUCUACCAUUGUAUCUGAAAGUUUCGAUAAAUAAGGUCAGAAAAGAUCGUCGACUGAAUGCUCUCUCGCCUCUCCCCGUUUCUCCGAGCCCUACCUCCUCCCCCACCCUCCCCAAUGGUGGCGCGUGUACUUUCACUUGCACUCCCCUGCGAUGUGGCUCUCCCGUCGAAGCUUCUGCCUUCGCCGCCUCCUCAAUGCUUUUACCUCACGUCGUCGUGUUUCGAGGUUGCAUCUUUCGUCGGAAGGAGGAGAUUUAACGGUAUUAACAACUCGUACCUCGCUAGUCAAUUUGGGGGCAGAAAUGGCAAUGUUGCAGUGGCGGCAGCACGGCGGGAGUACCGGAAGGUUAGGAGUAGGAAAGUGGCGGCCGCGAAGAAGAGUAAAGAGAAGGAGCUGGAGCUGAGUGUGAAGAUUUGCCUCGAAGAACAAUUACCUGAAGAUCCUGAAAUUUUGGAUAUUGCUGAGAUAAUGCAUCUUAAUGUUCCGAUGGCAAUGAAAUUAGCAUUCGAGCGUCUAAAUGAUUCAGAAUAUAAAACAAGAGAUACUGCAAUAAAUGAUAUUGGAUGUUUUGAUAGUGUAGAGUUAUCUGUACUUCUUUGCAAUGAUGACUUCAUUCGGAAACUUAAUAAAGAAUGGAGAGAUGAAGACCACGCUACUGAUGUCCUCUCAAUGUCCCAACAUAUCCCUGAGCUCAAGCUUCCCAUUCUGAUGUUGGGUGACAUUGUCAUUUCUGUUGAGACGGCUGCACGGCAAGCAGAGGAGAGAGGACAUGCCCUUAUUGAUGAAAUACGCAUCCUUGUGGUUCAUGGGCUGCUGCAUCUUUUGGGAUUCGAUCAUGAGUUAAGUGACGAGGCAGAAACAGAAAUGGAGAAUGAGGAGGAACUUAUACUGAAGGGUCUUGGUUGGAAGGGAAAAGGUCUUAUUCACAGCGCAUAUGACUCUGGAGCUAAUGGGAGUCCGCAUAUUGAUUGUUCAAAUGACAGGAAGAGAGAAGGCAGUCUCCGUUUUUACAGACCAAAAUUUGGCUACAUCUUCUGUGACAUGGAUGGUACACUACUCAACAGCAAAAGUCAAAUUUCCAUAUCAAAUGCAGAAGCUCUAAAAGAAGCCUCGUCAAGGGGUGUAAAAGUGAUUAUAGCCACAGGAAAAACUCGUCCUGCUGUAAUUAAUAUUAUGAAGACCGUAAAUUUGUCUGGUAGAGACGGCAUUAUUUCAGAGUUUUCUCCUGGGGUUUUCGUACAGGGAUUGCUGGUCUAUGGCAGACAAGGUCGGGAAAUACUUAGAAAGAAUUUGGAUCCUAGCGUCUGCAGAGAGGCACUUCUCUACUCUCUGAAGCAUGAAAUUCCAAUUAUCGCCUUCAGUGAGGAUCGGUGCCUAACAUUGUUCGAACACCCACUUGUGGACUCACUUCAUACCGUGUAUCAUGAGCCAAAGGCUGAGAUUAUACAUUCGGUUGAGCAGUUCCUGGCAGGCGUAGAAAUACAGAAGCUGCUCUUCUUAGACACUUCUGAGGGAGUAGCUGGUACUUUGCGGCCUUAUUGGGCAGAAGCAACAGAGGGUCGUGCAUGUGUUGUUCAAGCAGUACCAGAUAUGCUUGAAAUUGUUCCACCUGGGUCCUCGAAAGGAAGUGGUGUAGGAAUACUUCUUGAUCAUCUGGGUGUUUCUCCAAAAGAGGUCAUGGCUAUUGGUGAUGGGGAAAAUGAUGUGGAGAUGCUCAAGUUGGCCUCUCUAGGUGUUGCUUUGAGUAAUGGAUCGGAGAAGGCUAAAGCUGUAGCAGAUGUAAUUGGUAUUAGCAACAAUGAAGAUGGGGUUGCUGAUGCAAUAUAUCGGUAUGCAUUCUGAGGGAUUAUACAAUCGCAUUGAGGCGACUCAAUUCAUUGUUGUUUAGUCGCUCCUGAAGAAUAUACUUUUAAAGGUGCAAUUGGAAAAAAAAAAUGGAUAUCUUUUUGCACUCUUUAGCUAAAUUUAUUGAGGAGCUUCAUUAUUUUAGAUUUUCAGGUUCUGGUUUUGAGUAACCAAAUUAGAGUGCUGUUCAUGAGACUUUCUGAGGACUUAUUAGAGAGGAAAAGAAUAAUGAAAACUAUAAACAAAAAAGAAUGCAGUUGCUGUCCUGUCGUACAGGACCAAAAAAUUGACUCUGGGUGGAGUGGAUGGCGGGCUGUUUAUAGCUUCCGAAAAUAAAAAUACCUGUGCUUGGAUUUUUGUUUCCUCAUUCAAUCACAUUUAUUUCUAGUAAUAUUGUCAAACUUUCUUUU